AUGUCUGACUCAACCGCAAAUCGACUGCCUACGAACGUGAGGCCGAAACAUUACGAUCUGACUGUCGUUACGGAUUUGGUCAACUCAACAUUCUAUGGAACCGUUAAAGUGAAGUUGGACGUGCAGGAACAAACCUCGCAAAUCAUUUUUCACACCAAAGACUUGGAAUUAUAUCAGCUUGUUGUCUAUUCGGACGUAUUGGGUAUCGGGCAGACAGCGGCGUCAACCUCAUUCGACACGAAGACGGAACGCGCAAUUGUCACCUUAUCCACUGCCCUUCCUGCCAGUUCGAAGGCCGUGCUUGACGUCAGGUUCACAGCAGGGCUUACAGAUUCACUGAUCGGCUACUAUCGCUCCGUAGGUGGAACAGACGCAAAGGACAUCUGUAGCAUCACGCAAUUCGAGCCAACAUCUGCGCGGCAAGCCUUACCAUGCUGGGAUGAGCCUCUGCUGAAGGCUACGUUCGCGGUGACUCUCAUUUCCCGUGCGGACACAGUGAAUUUGAGUAACAUGCCAAUUGUGUCCGAGGUAGGAUACGCGACUGGCUUGGACGCAUGGCUAGAUGGGCGACUUGCGAACUCAAAUGAUCAGUGGAAGAUGACGCGGUUCGAGACCACUCCGCCGGUAGCCCAGGUGUCCUUUGCUUCGCUGCUAAAUUUUGACUCUUUCGCAGAUGUCUACAUAUUUGUUGGCGUACGCGAAUGGUCAUUUUGCGUAUCUGGAAAGCUUCUACACGAGUCCUCUGAGCGGGAAAAUCCGACCGCUGCGUUUGCUGGAUUCGCUCUGGACGUCAAGCGUCAAGCGCUUGUACUGUAUGAGCAGGUGUUUCAAAUCGAAUAUCCACUACCAAAGCUCGACACACUGGUCGUAAGUGACUUUGAUGCAAAUGCGAUGGAGAACUGGGCACGUAGCCCUUCAGAGAGCGGUUUGAUUACUGGCCGAAAUUCGGCAUUCUUGCUUGAUCCAAAGGCAGAAAGUCUAAACGUGAAGAGACAAAUAGCGACGACGGUCACCCAUGAAGUAGCUCAUAUGUGGCUAGUGCUAUUCUCAGAUACUGUGUUGUUUGGCAACAUCACGACCAUGGAAUGGUGGGAUAACCUGUACCUCAACGAAGGCUUCGCUACUUUAAUGGCCAAAGUUACAAUAUUAGGUGAAGAACAAUACCAGAUUUAG